AUGCCAGCGCGCGAGCACGCCUGCGGACAACGUACACCCCGCGCGAGACCCGGCAGCAAGGCCACUCUGCCGCUUACAAUACCCCGUCGCAUAUUUAAGUCGUCUGCAAAGGAUUCUACCCGCCGCUCGAUGGAAAUUGAACUUCAAGGCGGCCAAUGCGGCAAGUCCGCCGCGAGGGCUUGGCCCACGACACGUGCCCUUGGGGGCCUAACGGCCCCUACUGCUGGUCGGCAAGCGGACGACGGGCACAUGCAUCGCUUCUAG